GCGUUGGAAGCAAUUGUUGCUGUAAUACCGCUAGGUGCCGCAUUUGGGAGCGGCGCUGUGUUUCCGGAAGUCGCUCGCUGCUCUUUACCCCGUCCGGGUUCUCUUGUUCUCUCUCUUCCUCGGGCUGUCUGCGGAGAAGGCGGACAACUUGAACCGGAACCAUGGCGGCCCUCAGACCUCUCACCAAGCCCAAGAUCGUGAAGAAGCGGACAAAAAAGUUCAUCCGCCACCAGUCGGAUCGCUAUGUCAAGAUUUCGCGUAACUGGCGCAAGCCCAGAGGUAUUGAUAACCGAGCCCGCAGAAGGUUUAAGGGACAGAUCCUGAUGCCUAACAUUGGUUAUGGUAGCAACAAAAAGACAAAGCACAUGUUGCCCACAGGAUUUAAGAAGUUUCUGGUGCACAACAUUAAGGAAUUGGAGGUUCUCAUGAUGAGCAACAAAUCUUUCUGCGCAGAAAUUGCCCACAAUGUCUCCUCUAAAAACCGUAAGACAAUUGUGGAAAGAGCCGCACAGCUCGCCAUCAAAGUCACAAACCCCAAUGCCAGACUUCGCAGCGAGGAAAACGAAUAAACUCCCUGUCUCUGAUGUUGCUCUUUGUAAUAAACUGAAAAGUAAAGUA